AUGGACUCCGGCGACGAGUGCGCCGACGUGGUCCACGGCGACUACUUCAUGGGCGGCAUGAUGGUGAUCAACGGCCUCAUGGCCAUCGUCCUCCUCCUCUCCGGCCUCUUCCACUCCUUCCUCCGCCGCCUCGGCCAGCCCAGCAUCAUCUCCCACAUCCUCGCCGGCAUCGUCGUGGGCCCCACCUUCCUCGGCCGCGCCGUCGACCUGCGCCGCCUCGGCAUGCAGAACGCCGGCAGCGCGCUGGGCGACACCAUCUACUACCUCCGCAUCAUCUUCAUGUUCUUCCUCGGCCUCGAGAUGGACCUGCGCUACCUCCGCCACAACCUGCGCCGCUCCCUCCUGCUCGCCUGCGGCGGAUCCGCCAUCAGCCUCCUCCUCGCCGUCGCCGCGGGGCCAUUCUUCUACGGCAUGCUCCACCCGGGCACCGGCACCUUCUACCCGCAGAAGCUCUACACCUCCACCGCGCUCUUCAUGCUCGUGCUCACCAGCACCGCCUCCCCCGUCCUCAUCCGCAUCGUCACCGAGCUCAAGCUCACCACGUCCGAGACCGGCCAGCUCGCCAUCGGGGCCGCCUUCGCCACCGACAUCGCCAGCCUCACCGCCAUCAGCAUGAUGGUCGUCAACCCCACCACCUUCGGCCAAGACGGCAGGCCCCUCCCCAAGCGCUCCUCCUCCUCUUGCUCCACGCAGCUCCUCCUCUUCCUCUGGAUGGCGUUCGUGGUGUGCGUCGCCGUCGCCGUGGCCGUCAGGGCGGCCAGGCUGAUCAACCGGGUCAAGCGCGGGCGGCAGUACACCAGCAAGUACGAGCUGUUGGCCAUGCUGAUGCUCAUCGUGGUCCUCUCCCUGGCGGUGCAGUUCAUGGGGUACAGCGCCUCCAUGGCCGCCUUCCUCAUCGGCCUCGCCGUGCCGCGCGACGGGCCCCUGGCGCGCACGCUCGUGGACCGGCUCACCUACCCGGUGCACCAGCUGGUGAUGCCGCUGUGCUUCGGCGCCAUCGGCGCCAGGCUCGACUUCGGCGAGAUCGGGCGGUUCACCGCCACCCAGUUCGCCUUCGCCGUGGUGUUCACGACGGUGGUGAGCUCGGCCGGGAAGGUGGGCGGCACGGUGCUGGUGGGGCGGUGGCUGGGCAUCUCGGCGCGGGAGGCGCUGGUGCUGGGGUUCCUGCUCAACGUCAAGGGCUACUCGGACAUCCUGGCCAUCAACUUCGCGGACAAGAGCAACGUGUGGGGCGACACGGCGCAGGUGGUGCUGGUGGUGGCGUCCAUCAUCAACACCUUCAUGGCCGGGCCGGCGUCGGCGGCAAUCGUCCGGCAGCAGCGGCGCGCCUUCAAGUACCGCUCGCACUGCCUCCAGGACCUGCGGGUGGAGCAGGAGCUGCGGGUGCUGGUGUGCGUGCACGGCGCCGGCGGCGUGCAGGCGAUGCUGACGCUGGCGGAGCUGUCCAAGGGCAGCAGCGCGCCGGUGGCCGUGUACCUGCUGCACCUGGUGGAGCUGCAGACGGCGCGCAAGUACGCCAUCACGCACCUGUACAAGGACGUGCACAGCAGCUCCUCCGGGUCCGGCUCCAAGCAGGAGGAGGCGCAGUGGGGCUACUCGUGGGAGAUGGACCAGGUGACGGCUGCGGUGCACGGCUUCGCCACCUACGACGCCGCCGUGCCGGUGCGGCAGAUGACGGCCAUCUCGAGCCUGGCGUCCAUGGACGCGGACGUGCGCAACGGCGUGGAGGACGCGCGGGCGUCGCUGGUGAUCGUGCCGUUCCACAAGGAGCAGCGGUACGAUGGGCGCAUGGUUUCGCGGCGCGACGGCGACAGCCGGCGGCAGCUGAACCAGCGCAUCCUGGAGCGCGCGCCGUGCACCGUGGGGAUCCUGGUGGAGCGGCGCCUCCCAAGCAUGAGCAUCAGCAUUCUCGUGACGCCGGAGCGCGACCUCCCAAGCAUCCUCCACCAGGAGGAGGAGCAGCAGCAGGAGUCAAUGGAGGAGGGAGAAGAAGCGGUGGCGGUGCAGCAGCACCAGGUGGUGGCGGUGUUCCUGAGCGGGGCGGACGACCGUGAGGCGGUUGCGUACGCGACGCGGCUGUCGGCGCACCCGUCGGUGAGCGUGUCGGUGUCCCGGUUCAUGCUGCCGGAGGAGGAGGAGGAGACGAGUCGGAAUCGGAGUCGGAGGGGCAUGUCGGAGGAGGAGGCGGAGGACGAGGAGUUCAUGGCGGAGGUGCGCGCGCGGUUCGUGUCGUCGGGGCAGGUGUCGUACACGGAGCGGUACGUGAGCAACGGGGUGGAGACGCUGGAAUCCCUAAGUUCCAUGGUGGGGGAGUGCUCGCUGUUCGUGGUGGGCAGGGGCGGCGGCGAGGGCGGAGGCGGGGCGGCGCGGGCGGCGAUGACGCGCGGCAUGGCCGGGCUGGACGAGGAGGAGUGCCUGGCGGAGCUGGGCGCCGUCGGGGAGCUGCUGGCGUCGGACGACUUCGUGGGGUGCUGCGCGUCGGUGCUGGUGCUUCAGCAGCACAAGCUGCACCGGAGGAUGAAGACGUGGAAGAAGCAGCAAUCCCAUUCCCAAUCCCAAUCCCAUUCCCAUUCCCAUUCCCAGCUCGGCGGCCGCGUCUUGUCCUUCCCCGACGACAUCUUCCAAUGAAUCAUCGUCAUGUCAUUAAUUUAUUAAUUUAUUAUUA